UAUCGUUCUCCCACCCACACACGCCUCGUUCGUGCCAAGCCUUAGCCUCACACACACUUGUGUCGCAGACACGCUCGAGCCCUAACUCACCACACGCGCGAACCUUCGUCUUCCCCUCUCUAGCUGCACUCUCCCUCACGCGCCUCUUCCCCGGCCGUUUCACCCGCCGGAGAUCCUCCGGCUUCCUGCUUCUUCGUCUCUUCUCCGCCGCCUCCGGAUAUUUUAUGCAGAUCGGCGCCGGUAUUCGGCUCCGAUUGCUGGAGCGCGCUAGGGUUUGAGAAGGUUCGCCGAGAGGUCGGAGAAUUGUCUGCGUUCUGACAGUAAUUCGAUAAGAAUUUUUGUGGUCUUUGAGGGAAUUGCACCAUAGACUGAGGUCACCAAAGCAGAUGAUCUGAUAAGGAAGUCCCGCGAACUUUAGGAAGUAAGACAGAGCUUCUUCGCAUCGUUAGAGAAGAUCAAUUUACUGAUUUCUGGCGUUCUCUCGACUUUCCGGGUAAGUGAUAUGCUGGAAGGAAGGAAGAUCAGUGAACGAUUUGCCACAUUGUUCAGUAGGUGCGACGCGUGGGAUAUUCGAACCACAGGAAGUAGAGAUGGACUGUUCAUACAAAGACAACAGUGUUGGUGAGUGACAGAGGUCGGUCGGUUGGAUUAAGAAGAGGAACAAUGGCGACAGAUAUGCAGAAACUGAUCGGAACCAGUGAAGAGGAUGAUGAUGAGGAAAUGGAUUUGGAUGUGAAGGAGGAAGAUGAUGGAGAUCAGCAGAACAGAGGACGGCAUGCCGUUCAAGGCAGUUGUAGUAACGAAUUCAUGCAUCAACAGUCAUUCCAAGAUCAAGUAAGCACACCUGGCGGAGGAGGAAGUCGCAGAAGCAGACCGCUUGAAGAGAAGGAGAGAACAAAGUUGAGAGAACGCCACCGAAGGGCCAUAACUGCAAGAAUCCUGGGAGGGCUGCGGAGGCAUGGGAAUUAUAAUCUGAGGGUUAGAGCUGAUAUCAAUGAUGUUAUUGCAGCUUUGGCCAGGGAAGCUGGGUGGGUUGUUCUUCCAGAUGGAACUACUUUUCCAUCCAAAUCCCAGGGGACCAGACCUCCUGGUGGUUCUUCUACAGCAGGUGCUUCAUUAUCUUCCCAGAUGGCAUCGCAACAGACCUCACCUCCUGCCCUUAGAGGAUUAUCGCCUGGAUUCAAAAGCUCAGGAGAGUUCAAUUCAUGCCAUAUGAAAGGUGUUUUUGUGCCCACACCAUCACCUUAUGAUCUAUCCCCAACCGGUAUAACUCAACCUGCAGAAAUGGUUAGCAGUGUAAAUAAGACCGAGGCUCUCCCUCAUGCCGGUAGUACCGUUGAUGCUAUCAAUGCCAAACAGGUGUCUGAGAUACCUCGAAAUCUGACCGAGCAAGAUUUUUCUGGAACUCCCUAUGUUCCCGUUUAUAUGAUGUUACCGCUAGGGGUUAUCAAUAUGAAGUGUGAAUUGGCUGAUCGAGAUGGAUUGCUGAAGCACUUGAGGACGUUGAAGUCAAUCAAUGUAGAUGGAGUUAAAGUGGAUUGCUGGUGGGGAAUAGUCGAGGGAAAUUCCCCUCAAGAGUAUAACUGGACUGGAUAUAGGCAGCUUUUUCAGAUUGUUCGAGAUCUUAACCUUAAGAUACAGGUUCUGAUGUCCUUUCAUGAAUGUGGAGGCAACGUUGGUGAUGAUGUUUGUAUUCCACUUCCUCAUUGGGUUGCAGAAAUUGGCAGAAGCAAUCCAGACAUAUAUUUCACUGAUAGAGAGGGAAGGCGAAAUCCAGAAUGUCUUUCUUGGGGUAUUGACAAGGAACGGGUUUUCAGAGGCCGAACUGCUCUCGAGGUAUACUUUGAUUACAUGAGAAGUUUUCGGAUAGAACUUGCGGAGUUCUUUGAGGAUGGUAUAAUAUCUAUGAUUGACAUUGGACUAGGCCCCUGUGGCGAGUUACGGUAUCCUUCUUGUCCAAUAAAGCACGGUUGGCGAUAUCCAGGCAUUGGAGAAUUUCAGUGUUACGACAAGUAUCUCUUAAAGAGCUUGAGGAAGGCAGCAGAAGCAAGGGGUCACCUGUUUUGGGCUCGAGGGCCCGAUAAUGCUGGUUCCUAUAAUUCCCAGCCACACGAAACUGGUUUCUUCUGUGACGGGGGUGAUUACGAUGACUUCUAUGGGAGAUUCUUUCUGAAAUGGUACUCACAGGUUUUGAUAGAUCAUACUGAUCGAGUGCUUUCUCUUGCUAAAUUGGCAUUUGAAGGUACCUGCAUUGCUGCAAAGCUCCCAGGUGUCCACUGGUGGUACAGAACGGUGAGCCACGCUGCUGAAAUAACUGCUGGGUUUUACAACCCUUGCAACCAUGACGGUUAUGCUGCGGUUGCGUCUGUACUGAAGAAGCAUGGAGCCUGUUUGAAUUAUGCACCGGGAGAAGUGCACGUGGUAAACCGUUCUGAGGAUUUUUCUGGGGCGUUAGCAGAACCCGAGGCAUUAGCCUGGCAGGCGUCGAACGCGGCAUGGGACGCUGACAUACCAAUCGCUAGAGAGAGCGCUCUACCUUUCCAUGACGGAGGGUAUAACAAGAUACUGGCAAGUGCCAAGUUUCUGAAUGAUCCAGACAGAAGGCAUGUGUCUUGUUUUGCCUACAGUAGACUCAACCCAGCUCUCAUGGAGGCUCAAAACCUUGUGGAAUUCGAGCGGUUUGUCAAGAAAAUGCAUGGGGAAGCUGUAAUGGAUCAACCUCUCUGACAUGUUUGCGUGAUCUUGUCAAUGGGAAGUUCAUUGUUUAAUCUAAGGCUAGAAUCUUUCUUUUCCCUUGUAAAUCGCCGGUAGACAAGAUGACCAAAAUCCUUUGGAUAAACC